AUGCUAGAGAUGGAGGGCAGCUUGGGGCAGCAGGCUUUCAUCAAGGCUGGAAUGAAAAGAGCAAAGCCUGUAGGAGAAACAGAGGAAAAGAAUUGGGAGCGUCUUUUCCAGGCUGUAUACUAUCACAUGUGCGAGCUGCUCAAGGAGCAAAUCCAAGAGCACAAUGCUGAUGGAUCACAGCGCUCAUCAUCACAGUGCUUGCACAUUUUGCCCUUCACAGAGAUGGCAGAUCUCCGGUACUGGUCUUCAAAAUUCACUACCAAUCCCAUGUCAGACACUACCAAUUUGUGGAAGCCUGAUCUCAUCCUCCUGGAUUACAGGCUCAGAAAGUCCAGUUUAUUGGAAAAGUCCUGGAAAGACAUCCUCACAGGAGUUGAGAUCACCCAAUCUGACCUCUCUGUUGAUCGCAAAAUACCUUUGUUCUUGGGGGUUGCUAACAAGGGUUAUCUGAUGAUGUGGGAGCCACUGUGGCAUCAUUUUAUCCUACUUUUCAGUAUCUCUAAGUUCAAACUUCAUGCUCAUUAUAUGGAUCGCUCCAGCAUGGUGAUCUCAAAACCACUUCUGAUCGUUACAUCCCCUAAUGUGUACUGGAUCAUGGAUAUUCUAUGGAAAAGCCACGAACUUUUCAAGUGUGGAACCAUCUGCAAUCACAUUCAAGACAAGUUUAAUCAGGAGUACACACUGAAGGAUUGUUGGGUUGAUGAGGAUGUCAAAGAUGUUGAGAUAUGGCUUCUCAAAGCAGUCAAAGGCAUCCCGAACAUGGUUCAACUUAGGAAAUAUUGGGAUGUGCUUUAUGAUGGGCAGCCUGACUCCACAUCACAUAGUCAUAGUCAUUGCUUGACAUUCAAAUUCAAGAAAAAAAUUCAUUGGUGUAUUCUCUUGACACCCUGUGGGCUCCCAUUGACGCACUUCAAUGAUGUACCUGAGUUAAUCGGGGUUUUUGUGACCUUGUCAUUGGACCAAAAGGUGCACUGGCCCCCUGACCUAGCAAAGAAGCUUUGUGACGGGACACCAUUUGGAGGUGGGGGCUUGCCUAUGAGAGCAUGA